UAUAUACUUUUUAUGUUGAUUUUCAUUUCACUUCAUUGAAUUUUGUCUUCGUGUAACUUACAUACGAUUUGUUUUGAUCCUGGUUUAUGUGGUGGUGGUUUUGAACACGUAUAUGUUUGUAUUUUUAUAAUGAUAUCUCUUCGUGCCGUAUCUAUUGCAAGAAGCAUGACCCGAUCCGCUUUGCGUCCCUCUGCAUGCACUCAACAAUACAUAAUCAAGUCUCCAAGCCAGCAGAAAAGAGCAUUUUCAUUAACUUCAAUAAACAUGGUAGACCCAAGGAGAGUUGUGAGUUUCGAUGAUAUAUCCAAGUACACACAGCAAACUGACAAGGUGAUCAUUGAUGUCCGUAAUCCUGAUGAGGUCGCAAGUACUGGAAAAAUACCAUCAAGCAUCAAUAUUCCAUUGGGCAAUGUCGAGCCUGCAUUAAGAUCGAUGUCAGAUGAGCAGUUCAGACAGCAUUAUCAACGUAAUAAACCCCAGCCUUCCAGUGAAUUAAUAUUCUAUUGUAAAUCAGGAAGACGGGCAUGUCAAGCUUUAGACACAGCACUCCAGCUUGGGUAUUCAAAUUCAAAAACUUAUGUUGGAAGCUGGGACGAGUGGUCAAGCAAAUCAGGACAAAAAUGAGUGAUAAAUUUUGCAUAUAGAUUGCAGGACGGGUUGCUAUGCAGUCUAUCCGGCCUGUUGAUUGCCAGCCCAGUCAUUCCAGCUACCUAGAUAAUUCCUUGUACUAAAAAAAGAAAAAAAAAACACUUGAGUAUAUAAUUUCUAUGUCAUUGUUUGAAUUUCUUGUCUGUGUUUGAUAAUGAUAAGGAUACUAAUCGAAUUUUUAGUAAUCUUUUUGCACUUUUUACAAAAUGAUUUGUCUAAUCUAUACUGUCUAUACAAAAUGUGACAUGUUGUGACGAGGGGGAGAGGGGAGUCACAAACAUUGUGACGUCACUUUAACUUCAUCAGUAACCGAAUAUUGAUUUAUAUUUUUUAUU